AUGAAGCUGGAUCUUUUUAACCUCAAAUCUGCUGAGAAAACGUUCUUUGCACAGAAGCUUAAAUGUAAUUUUUUCAAGGAAAGUGACAUAGGUACUAGCUUUUUUCAUGCUCUGAUCAGUCAAAAGCACAUGCGUAAUUUCAUCCCUGCUAUCCAGCGUAGUAAUGGUGCUCUUACUACCUCUCUAGAUGAAGUUGGAGAUGAAUUUGUUCAUUACUACCAGAACCUUUUUGGAACUUCAUCAUCUACUACACCAAUUGAUGAUGUUGUUGUUCAUAGUGGUCCUUGCCUUAAUGAAACCCAUUUUGAUUUUCUCUUGGCUCCUGUCUCCAAUGAUGUUAUCAAGGAAGCUCUCUUCAGCAUUGUUCAAGAUUUCUUUACUUCUGGCCAAAUUCUCAAGCAGAUCAACCAUUCCAUUAUAGCCCUGGUUCCGAAAUCUACUAAUGUUGCCUCAGCCAAUGACUUCAGGCCAAUCUCUUGCUGCAAUGUGGUAUACAAGGUGAUCUCCAAGAUUCUUGCUGGAAGAUUGAGCUACGCCUUUCAAGACAUUAUUGAUCCAACUUAG